GGAAAUCUGCAUCACUUGUUCUUGUACAGAUAUUUAGCUGUAACGUUAAAAUGGCGAUACAUUUUUUAUCAUUACAUAAUUUUUUGAAUAUCAAAAACAAUUAUCGGUUGUUAGUUAGCCCGUCAAAUUUCCGACGACUAAAAUCAAAUCACAAAAAUGUUUUCUGCGGCAAAAAUGUGUAAACCAAUCAAUUGCUUUGCGUCUGCAUUGCCGUGUCUCGGGUAUGGGGGCACAAUGGACCAAUGAAGUUCCCUCUCGCCUCUGUCCAGCGCCAUCUGGUAACCUUCGGAUUUCUGACCCCGCCUGAUCCUGCAUGCACGUUGCACGCUCUUCCCCCACCGGCCGCCUCUGCCGCUUGCCACAACGGAACGUGCGUGAUUUUACAUUCGGAUUUUCCGCGAGGAGCCAUGCACCCCACGAGCCCGGCCGGCGCGAGCGAAGUCGAACGUGGCGCCGCGGCCGCGAGCGACGUCCGCGCCCCGCCGCCGCCGCCGCCAGAUGUCAGGCCUCCCGCUGCAGCCAUGGCACCGCCACUUGAAGAGAUCCUAAACAAACUUUUGUUGGCUGAUAAUGCUGUCAUUCAAGAGGUAAGUCAUGCUCUUUGUCAAUACAUGUUGGUUGAGGUCAUCGUUGUCGCAGGGAGGAGGGUGAAGCCGUCAUUCAUGCCGAGUUUGACGGGGAAAUAAGGCAAACAAGGGCGGAGGGAGGCGCCGGGGUGGGCUUUCACGUGGUGAAGGAGGGACGGAGGCGGCCAGCUGGGUGGAGUUGCUCAGAGAUCAUGUUCAGAUCCGCGAUAAUGCCACUUGGGAGAUGGGCGGGAGGGCCCUCGAGAAGCCUGAUUUCCUUGCGGCCGAGUUUAGGGAGGGACUGGCCUCUGACACUCCUUUUGAUGGAUUUUGGGAGGACAAGACGUGAUGGAUCGGAUUCAGACUUCGAGGACUUUCCUUUAUUUUUAGAACGAAUUGUGUCAUAUCUCUUUAUCCUGGUCUGUUACGAGCAACGGACAUCAGUGUAUAACCUGUUAUUGUAAGAAUGAUGGUCAAUGACCUGAUAGUCAUUACGAGGUCUCUAUUUGGGGUCUUUAUCUAGACAAAAGGCUCAGGGGAAAACAAAGGCCCCUUCACAAAGCAAAACAUGGAUAGUUCAGAGAUAGAGGAGAGUUUUGCUCUCUUGUUAAUAGGAAAUGUUAGCAGAGCAGGAGAAACUGGACACAAGAUCACUGUAAUUCCCUUUGUUGCCUUAAGUAAGUUAAUCUAAAUGAAGUUGUGACGGCACUAGUAUUAUAUAUAAAAAUCAGGAUCUCAGUGAUUCACAUCUUUGCAUUUCAGGGGAACUCCCAGAAAUAUUUAACUUUCCAUAUGAUGCAAAGCUCACAGAUUGUAAAAACAAAGAGGUAUCAUUGUUUUGUUUACAAAAAGAAGGAAAGGAUAUCGGAUGGCAAUUUUUAAAAUAUUGAGUUUUUCAUUUGGGGCUCUGUGACACUUGUGUGUCCAAGAACUUCGUUAUUUCCGAUUUGCGACAGAAGUUCAUAGAAAAGUUUCUUAGAUUUAUUUGCUCUAUCACAUGCAUAUAUUUUUUUCCGGUUUAAAGAUGGCUAGUCAAAAUUUUACCUAUACCAAAAGGGGGAAAGCCCCCCCUGUAUCCCCCUUUAUUAGUACUUUGUACCAAGUUUCAGAAAACUUUAACAACUCUGGCUUUGUGGGGGUAUUGUGGACUUUGUCUCUGAGUGGUAAUAUGCAGCAGUUAUUUUUAUAAUUUCUUAGUAUAUAGUGAGGCCAGAACAGCUGUACCUGUGUUGUUUGUUACUCUAUUUUUUAUGCUCAAUAAGAUGGCGGUGUCCAUUUCCCUCGUAUCUUUGUGCGUCACUCUUGGUAACAUUAACCAGUUACCUGUUGUGACAAAUUAGGUUGUUGAAUAUAUUUUGUGACAUGGAGCUGGGGACUUAAUCUCUGGCAAGUGCAUCUGUACUGCAAAAAGAUUACCAGAUUUUUUACUCUGUCAAGUAUUUAUUAAAUAAUAACUGCAUUUGGGAAAAUCUGUGGACACUGUCACAAAGAAGAAGAAGAAGAAAAAAAUACACUCGCUGAUAUCUGAAAGGCAAAGAAUGUCAGAAAUGAAGGAAAGAGGUUGCUGUAAAUGCUGCUAUGAGACAAAGUCUGUGGUGAUCAAAUAGGAGGUUUAUGGUUCAUAAAAUGUUUGUGGAUUCCAAGGAGUGCCUGCAAGGUUGUUGGCUAGAAUGUUAGGGACUCAUGGCCGUAUUCUUCCUCCUCCUGCAAAUUAUUAAAAUUUUGUGGGCGUUUUCCAUCCAGGGUGUGGUAACUUGGAGUACCCCAUACCAAGCCCCUCAAAAUAUUAAUUACCUGUGAGUGCAAGCAUCACAUUAUAGUUGUUUUCAACUGCUAUUUAAAAUAUAUUAUAUGGCUCUUUAUUUUACUAUAUAUUGUAAAUAACAUAAUUUAUUUUUUGGUUAAUAUUACCGAGAGCAAAGCACGGAGGUAGAGCAAAAUGGACAUUACCAUCUUGUAGAGAAAAAAAAAUAGAGUAAGAAUCAAUACAACUAAAUCUGCAGCGGCCUCAUAUAUCCCGGGAAACGACAAAAAUAGGCUCUGCAUGGCACCGCUCUGAGGCUAAGUCCCCAUCCAUGUUUACCUUGCCAGGACCAAAACAAAUGUGAUGUGUAACUCAUUAUUGCGAUCUAUGAAGUAGGCCAUGUAUUACUACGCACUUGUGAAAACUAUUUUGUAAUUACCAGUCUGUUUUUUCCGAAUACAUGUAUUUAAUUAAUUGUUUUACUUUGAUUAUACUUCUUUUACGUGCUUUUAUAAUUAUUUACACUAUUUUGCACAAUAACCCUGUGGGCAUGCGCAUUUUUCCACCGGGAGAUGUGACACAUCGUCAGACGGCAUUAGUUCCGUAACACCGGUGAGAAGUGUUACAUUUUAAGUGUGUUGCGUCGAUUCCGGGUCAUUAUUAAAGUAUAGUGGAUAUAUAGAAUUAUUAGAUAUUAGUAUCUAUCUCAGCCUGAUAUUUGAGCCCAACAAG